CCCGGGCGGAAGUGGGACGCGCUGGGCGCUGGGGCCGCGGCGGCCGCACCAUGAGCGAUAUCCGCCACUCGCUGCUGCGCCGCGACGCGCUGAGCGCGGCCAAGGAGGUGCUGUACCACCUGGACAUCUACUUCAGCAGCCAGCUGCAGAGCGCACCGCUGCCUAUCGUGGACAAGGGCCCCGUGGAGCUGCUGGAGGAGUUCGUGUUCCAGGUGCCCAAGGAGCGCGGUGCGCAGCCCAAGAGACUGAAUUCACUUCAGGAGCUUCAACUUCUUGAAAUCAUGUGCAAUUAUUUCCAGGAGCAAACCAAGGACUCUGUCCGGCAGAUUAUUUUUUCAUCCCUUUUCAGCCCUCAAGGAAACAAAGCUGAUGACAGCCGGAUGAGCUUGUUAGGAAAGCUGGUCUCUAUGGCUGUGGCUGUGUGUCGAAUCCCAGUUUUGGAGUGUGCAGCCUCCUGGCUCCAGCGGACGCCUGUGGUCUACUGUGUGAGGUUAGCCCGAGCCCUUGUGGAUGACUACUGCUGUUUGGUGCCAGGAUCUGUUCAGACACUGAAGCAGAUAUUCAGUGCCAGCCCUCGGUUCUGCUGCCAGUUCAUAACCUCCGUCACUGCGCUCUAUGACUUGUCAUCAGAUGAUCUCAUCCCACCUUUGGACUUGCUUGAAAUGAUUGUCAACUGGAUUUUUGAGGACCCAAGGUUGAUUCUCAUCACUUUUUUAAAUACUCCGAUUGCAGCUAAUUUACCAAUAGGAUUUUUAGAGCUCACCCCGCUCAUUGGAUUGAUUCGCUGGUGUGUGAAGGCCCCUCUGGCUUAUAAAAGGAAAAAGAAACCCUCCUUAUCCAAUGGCCAUGUCAAUAACAAGGUUACAAAAGACUCAGGCAUGGGGAUGGACAGAGACUCACACCUCUUAUACUCGAAGCUCCACCUCAGCGUUCUGCAGGUUCUCAUGACGCUCCAGUUGCACUUAACCGAGAAGAAUCUUUAUGGGCGCCUGGGGCUGAUCCUGUUUGACCACAUGGUCCCAUUGGUAGAGGAGAUCAACAGACUGGCGGAUGAACUGAACCCCCUCAAUGCCUCCCAGGAGAUCGAGCUGUCUCUAGACCGGCUGGCACAGGCUUUGCAGGUGGCCAUGGCCUCAGGAGCUCUGUUGUGCACCAGAGAUGACCUGAGGACCUUGUGCUCCAGGCUGCCCCACAAUAACCUGCUCCAGCUGGUGAUCUCAGGCCCAGUACAGCAGUCACCCCAUACAGCGCUGCCCCCGGGGUUCUACCCUCAUAUCCACACGCCCCCGCUGGGCUACGGGGCUGUGCCAGCCCACCCCGCUGCCCACCCUGCCCUGCCCACCCACCCUGGGCACACCUUCAUCUCAGGUGUGACGUUUCCAUUCAGGCCCAUCCGCUAGGCCGGUUCCACGUGAGCCGCCAAGCGGCAGUGUGCCUUCUGCGUCUGGGUCAAAGAAGCCUUCUGGAGGAAGGGGUGACCAACCCCACAGAAGAGGACCUUAGGGAGGCAGCGAGUGGCCCCUCCUCACUGGCAAAACCAUCUUGGGGUGAAGUCCUGAUUCGUCGCAUCCAGGUGCCUCCUGCCUCGUCACACUUAAAAAUCCAGAUUGGAUGGAUGAAAGGAAACAUGUCCAGCCCUCUGGAGAGAGAUUACUGCGGGUGUUUUUAAAAUAUGCCAACUCCGUGGGCCUUUGUUCUCUAUGUGUCAUUUCAGACACGCUUUCUGAGCCUGUGUGGGGGAUGCUGAUGGAGGAGCCGCAUUUCCAGGUCCCCUGUCUGGCCUCUUUCCUGGUGAACGUGAUGUGGCCCUGCUAUAAACACAGGCUCUUUCUGCAGCUCUGUGAGCUCAGAGCUGACACGACAUGACCACAAGCUUGUGCACAGCACUUGCCAUGGGCUCGAGGGACCUGUCAGGAUUUCCCUGUCUCCUAGGAAAGGAACUUCUCUGUUUUAUUGGGGUAUCUAAAUUUUCCUUUCAUAUGUUCAAAUAAAUUUUUUCUAAACAGUUU